AUGGUUGAUUCCGUUGCAACAAUUGCACUUGAAACACUUCGGGACUUAUUGAUUGAGGAAGCAAAGUUUCUAUCGAGUGUGGGCGGUGAGGUUGAGGAAGUCCGUAGGCAGCUCAACAUCAUGCACUGUUUCUUGAAGGAUGCUGAUAGGAGGCAAGAUCGGUACAAUUCACAGACAGUCCAAAGAGACAGAAAAUGUCUCCUAGUUUUGGAUGACGUUUGGGAAGUUGAUCACUGGAAUUGCUUAUGGCGUGCCUUUCCCAUUGCAGAGGCAGAUAGCAAAGUUUUGCUCACAAUCAGAAAUCAAAACAUUGCUUCCAGAGGAUACGUCCACAAUCUCAAGUGUUUGGAUGAAGAUGAAGGAUGGGAGCUCCUUCAAAAGAUAGCAUUCCCGAACAACUAUUCACAAGGUUAG